UACUCGACUUUGCAAAUAGGAGCACCACUAAAAGUAUAGGCCUAUCCAUGGAAUACCAUUCCAGUAUCGUUUUCGCAAUCUGUCAACAGAGUUAGCGCUGGCAUGAAUAUAUGUUUAUGACACUUUUUUUCUCUCAAAAUGUUCAAUAGGCCUUAACACUGCAGAUUGUUAUUAAAAUGUUAGUUAUUAUCCUAUAAUUUGUGAAAUGACUUUGCAACAACAGCUGACUAAAGUUCCACUUAGAUAUAGGCAGCUGUCUGGGACAAAUAACUUUUACUAAAGUAUCGGUGGUCUAAAAGAUUUGCACUCGCUCAUUGUCCUCGGCUGGCAAUGGCGGGUCGGAGUGCUAAAUGUGGAAAAAUAGUAUGGCUGUGGGUGAUGCGUUCGGCAGCCGGGGAGAGAUCGAAAAUGCGGAUGUCUUUGCUAAGAGAAAUGGUCGGAUCGAGAGAGCUGCGCGUUGAGUGGAAGGAGAAAGCAAGUGAGAUGGAGGCGGGGGGAAGUUCCCAUCUCUGCGGGGACUGGAGCGCCUGUGCCCUGGACCGGCGGCGCAGUGCUGGCUAACAUUCAACCCAACCCUUGUUCCACAACGAGCUCGACUCACGCUGAGACAGGUUAAAGAAAGUACAGAUGAAUGGAGAAAUGGACGCGUCCACUAAAGACCAAGGUGAGAUCAUAGUCAAUCAACGUGAGAUCAUAGUAGUCCAUCAAGUGUGGACGCAGGACGACCUUCUGAAUCUGCUAGAGGCCAUGAAAGUCAAUCUUCCCCAGAAGGACCUGGCCAAGUACAAGACGUCGGAGUCCCAUCUGGAUUGGGAGAAGGUGGCCUUCAACUCAUUCACAGGAGAGAUGUGCAAACAGAAGUGGAACGAGGUCUCCAAAGUGAUCCGUAAAUUUCGCACAUUAACAGAGCUGAUUUUUGAUGCCCAAGACUUCAUCAAGAACCCGUAUAAGGGCAAGAAGCUGAAGAAGCAUCCAGAUUUCCCUAAAAAGCCCCUGACACCAUAUUUCCGCUUCUUCAUUGAGAAGAGGGCCAAGUAUGCCAAGCUGCACCCUGAGAUGAGCAACCUAGACCUCACCAAGAUCCUUUCCAUGAAGUACAGAGGGCUGCCUGACAAAAAGAAGAAAAAAUAUCUAGAAGACUUCCAGAAAGACAAAGAAACGUUUGGGCACAGCAUGUCAAAGUUCAGGGAGGACCAUCCCGACCUGGUGGAGAGCAUGGCAAAGAAAGGUUCUAAUGUGCCAGAGAAACCCAGGACGCCUCAGCAGCUAUGGUACAGUCACGAGAAGAAGGCCUUCCUCAAAACACACGCAGACGCGACCACCAAAGACAUUAAAGACAGUCUUGGGAAGCAGUGGACACAGCUGUCAGACAAAAAGAGACUCAAGUGGAUUGCCAAGUCCCUGGAGAUGCACAAAGCAUAUGAGGAGGUGAUGAAGGGCUUCAUUGAGACUCACCCAGAGCUCAACAUGAGCAACGAGGACAUCGUCAAGUCCACCCUCACCAAGGCUGAGAGACAUCUGAAGGACAAAUCUGAUGGCAGGCCAGACAAACCACCCCCGAAUGGUUACUCCAUGUUCUGUGCUGAGUUGAUGUCCAGUAUGAAGGACGUGCCCAGUACAGAGCGCAUGGUCAUGUGCAGCCAGCAGUGGAAGCUGUUGAAACAGAACGAGAAGGACGGCUACCAGAAACGCUGCGAGCAGAGAAAGAAAGAAUACGAAGUCGAGAUGAACCGGUUUCUUUGUAGUAUAUCAGAGGAGGAGCAGCAGCGUGUGCUGGGGGAGCAGAAGAUGAUUGGCUUUAAGAAGGGCAGCGGGGGCAGCAAAAAGAAGAGCAGAGCAAAGCCUAGCCCAGAGAAGCCCAAAAGGCCCAUCUCGGCCAUGUUCAUCUUCUCUGAAGAGAAACGUCCCAAGCUGCAGCAAGAGCGACCAGACCUGUCUGACAGUGAGCUCACCAGGCUGCUGGCACGCAUGUGGAACGAGCUCUCAGAUAAGAAGAAGGAGAAGUACAGGCGCCUUGAGACUGUCCUGAAGGCAGAGUCUGUGAAGAAGGGACAAGAGGAGCGCAGCCGGCUGCCAGACACCCCCAAGACUGCACAGGACAUCUGGCAGCAGAGCGUCAUAGGAGACUACCUGGCCAGGUUCAAGAACGACCGGCCAAAAGCACAGAAAGCCAUGGAAGCCACUUGGAACACCAUGGAGAAGAAGGAGAAGAUCAUGUGGAUCAAGAAGGCAGCUGAGGACCAGAAACGAUACGAGAGGGAGCUGAGUGAGAUGCGCUCUCCUGCAACCAUCAUUGCCUCAGGGAAGAAGAUGAAAUUUGACGGUGAACCCAAGAAACCCCCUUCGAAUGGCUACCAGAAGUUCUCUCAGGAGAUGCUGUCCAACGGAGAGCUGAACCACCUCCCAAUGAAGGAGCGCAUGGGGGAGAUCGGGGGCCGCUGGCAGAGGCAGCCCCAGAAGGAGAAGGACCGCUACAAAAAGAUCGCUGAGGAGAAACAGAAGCUGUACAAAGUAGAGCUGGAGCGGUGGCUGGCGAGUUUGUCCUCACAAGAAAGAAAUGUGUACAAGGAGUACAACUCACAAAAAAGAAAAACCCCAGUGAAACCAGGAGGCACUGCAGCCAAAGUUAAGGCAAAGGUAAUCAAGAAGUCGGACACAGAGGAUGAUGAUGAUGACGAGGAGGAAGAGAAGGAGGCUGCCUCAUCAGAUAACGAUUCUUCCAGUGCAGAGGACAGUGAGGAGGAAGAUGAUGAUGAUGACGAUGAUAAUGAGGAAGACGACGAUGAUGACGAUGAGGAGGCGGAGGAUAAAGAGAACAAGUCGGAGGGGAGUAGCAGCAGUGACUCGAGCUCAGUGGAGACAUCGGACUCUGAUUCAGACUGAAACUGGUCCAUGGUGACCCAAGAGAGACUGAGCAGCGCUGAGCCAAGAGUUCGUGGAGCGCUGCCACUGUGCCGGCCCUGCUCUCCUCACAACCCACCACCAGAGGGAGCCCCUGCCACACCAUGUCCAUUUCUCACUCGCUUUCUCUCUUCUGUGUUUCUUCAUUGGUGUUCUGUACAAGGAGGGUGAAGACCCUAACACCACCACAUCAUGCCCUUCAUCUGUUAUUCCUCCAACCCUGCCUUGACCUGCUCCCCUGCCCAGCCCACACAACGCUGGGUUCAGGUGGGGACAUUUGGCUUCCUUUCUAUAUUCUGUGGCUAAUAGGUUUCUAUUAGCUUUUUUGGGGGUGACUGUUGAUUUUGGCCCCAUCCUGUUUUGUCAGUGUCUGUCAGAUGCUAGAGGCCACGGUUGUGAAGGGGGGAGUUGUGAACAGGCCUCCGAGAGCCAAAGAACCUAUUUGACUGUGGGAUUAUUUUGGGGUGGUGGGUGCAGGGGACCAAAUAAUUGCACUCUUGAGAAUGUUUCCUUUAGUCUUUUGUUCUUCAGCGCCUCUCAACUUUCUUCCUGCUCUCAAUGUGUAUGUUUUAAUUAUUAGGUUCUUAACGAGGUGGUAUCUUCAGGAAAAAUUAAGCCAUUAUGAAUGUCUCUUGUUGUUGCUGGAAAUUUAGAGGAGAUGUAUUCAUCCACAGUUUUAGUUAGAUUUGGAUGCAUUUAGAAAAAUGGCUUUUGCCUGUCUUUGACAGGUGUUCAAGUUCAAAGGUGACUGACAGUCUAUUUAUUUAUGCUACAUAGAAAUGCGUCCAAGCUUUUUUGGGGGACAAUUUCAAGGGUCUUUGUGGAGCAAGUCCAAGACAAUUCUGUUUGACUCAUGUUGGUUCUCAUGUUGAUUUUUCAGUUUAGAUUUGUUCAUCCACUGGCCUGUUGAACAGAAUAAAUGAUGAAUGUUUCUUAGUGGUAUUAAAGGAAUAUAUCGUUUAUCGAUUAAGAGUUUUUGCUUGCCACUCUUACAGAGUAGUUAUUUUUGCCCGGACUGCAGACAACAGACUAUGUUGUACAAUUUAAUAUUGGUUUUGAUUUCUUCCUUGAACCACUGUUUUACACUUCUAUUUGAUCUAAAGCUGAUUUAAUGAAUUUGUUUUAAUAAUGUCGAGGGCUGUGGUCAGUUCCAUUUGAAAUCAGGGAUAGAUUGAAAUGGAUCCAUUUAGUUAUUUUAAAUUAAAUCAAAUUGACCCCAACCCAGAUAUUCUUUUAGUCGAAGUAUCCCAAAAAAUCUUUGCACUUCAUGUAAGCCUGUUCCAUACUACCUGUGGUCAACUGUUCAGCCCCUUCAUGUAAGCCUGUCCCAUACUACCUGUGGUCAACUGUUCAGCCCCUUCAUGUAAGCCUGUCCCAUACUACCUGUGGUCAACUGUUCAGCCCCUUCAUGUGUUUGUGUGACAGCGACUGCAUUGGUGUGUGCUGUCUGCAUCCUGUGUUUGACUGUGGCUUCGAUUAUCUACUCUUCUCCGUGUGUGUACUUCUCCACUCCCCAAGGAUUAAAAAACAUUUGCUUGGUGAGAGAAUGGGCUAGACUGUGUUCCUAAAAAUGUUUCUUAAACCAGUCGCAUGCUUUUAAAUCCUUGAGGGGCAGUGAACGAGUUUGCACUUAGGGGAGAAGGGUACAGAACCCGACUGCAAUCUGUGAAGGAUGUAUGUGCCUGUGUGGUGUAGGAGGCACUUCUCAUCCCAUUACCACACAAAUACCUUGAUGAAGAUUUUUGUUAAUGCCCUUUUCUCAAAAUGAUUGAAGCUGAGUCAUGUGUGGUCCUGUUGGUUACCAGCACAAGGACAGAUGCGUUAGACGACCCACUGGACUGGUUAUGUCAUAAGUUUAGCUUGUUUCCAGGGCAGUACAAUGGGUUAACAAUGGCUCCAGUUUUAAAUGGGACUGAGUUGGUCCAUUUCUAAAUCUCAUAAUUGUUGAUUAACACCAGCAUGGUGGGCUAUAUAUGAUUUGGUGAAGGGAAUGUGGGAAAUGUUAUGGAGGGUGGGAUACUGGAUUCGGGAAAGGGAUUUGUGGGAUGGUGUUGCCAAUGGGGAUACAACAUACUGUUUGUAUGGUAUUUGUAAAUAUUGCUUUUUUUGUAUUGUGUGGAAUUACUUUGAUUUGUAGUUUGAUUUAUUUGGCCAAGUCUUGCUCCAUCUGAGGUGUGAGUCCAUUGCUUGCAGGGGAAACGUUUUUGAUUGUGUUUGUCUGUUUUAGUUAUUAUCUCUCCCCAUGUUGGUUUCUUUGUAUAAAUGACUAAAUGAGAACGGCUUUACAGAUUUGUACUGCUGAUCAUUUGACACAUUUUUGAUGUUUUCUAUAGCGGAGGGUGUUAUGUCCCUGCUAUUUAAGCAUUUGGCAAAUAAACUUGGUCUUUAAUAAAGUA